AAUCGACCUUUCCCUUUCCCACGUCGUCGAUAAAAGGGGCGCCUCGGAUGGAUCUUGCCGCGUCGUCGUCGCCGAAGCGGGAUUGUAUCGGUCGGGAGGAGGAGCGGCGAAGGGGUUGGCGGACAUGGCGAGCGGCGGGAGUGUCGAUCUGGAGGACGUGCCGUCGCUGGAUCUGAUGACCGAGCUCCUCCGCCGAAUGAAGUGUGCAUCGAAACCCGACAAGCGGCUUAUCCUCAUCGGUCCACCUGGUUCUGGGAAGGGUACCCAAUCUCCUAUUAUUAAGGAUGAAUAUUGCUUGUGUCACUUGGCCACCGGUGACAUGUUAAGAGCUGCUGUGGCUGCUAAGACCCCUCUUGGGGUUAAGGCUAAAGAAGCUAUGGAUAAGGGGGAGCUUGUUUCUGAUGACUUGGUUGUUGGAAUUAUUGAUGAGGCUAUCAAAAAACCAUCAUGCCAAAAGGGUUUCAUUCUUGAUGGGUUUCCAAGGACAGUUGUUCAAGCUGAGAAGCUUGAUGAGAUGCUGACCAAGCAAGGUACUAAGAUUGACAAGGUGCUAAACUUUGCGAUUGAUGAUGCCAUACUGGAGGAGAGAAUUACUGGUCGUUGGAUUCAUCCACCUAGUGGUAGGACUUACCAUACGAAAUAUGCUCCUCCAAAGGUUCCUGGCAUCGAUGAUGUGUCAGGAGAACCUUUGAUUCAGAGGAAAGAUGACACAGCUGAAGUCCUCAAGUCAAGGCUUGAAGCUUUCCACAGACAAACUGAACCCGUCAUUGAUUACUACAACAAAAAGGGAGUUGUGUCUCAGCUUCAUGCUGAGAAACCUCCCAAAGAAGUUACUUCUGAGAUUCAGAAGUCUCUUUCAUGAGUGCAAACCUUUCGGUGGCUCGUUGCAACUUGAUGUCACGAAUAAUCAGUCAGUUUUUUCCUUGUCAAUCAUGACGCACAUCUAUCAGUCACAGCUUCAAACUACCCAUAACUCUUAAUAUUCACUGAAAUGUUUGCAUCAGCUUUUUUGUGCUUCAUGGUGUUAGUACAAGUUUAGUCUGAAAUAAGGUUUUCCCGAGUGAAGAAAAAUAUUUUAUUGUACCAUUUAUUGGAAACACGGACCCUCUAGCAUUGACCCCAUUUUUUUGGGGAUAGAGAGAUUCAAGAAUUUUCAAAAUUGCUGCCUUGUGUGGAAGUUUGUCUGAAGAAAAAUCUUCCUCUUUAACC